AUGGCAGCUACUUCAGGACUUGAUUAUCUAAAUCUACACCCCUUUGUUCGCGACGGGACGCACGAAAGAUUGCUAGGAUGUGUCUUCGGAGGAGUGCUAGGAGACUGUAUUGGGCUAUAUACGGAAUUCUUGCCCAAGACAUCUUGUGAGAAACUGUAUCCUGACAGAAAGUUCAGCCUUAUCCAACCGAUCACACCUUUCGCCGCCGAUACGCACCGAGACAAGUUCGAUAUCGGAUCCUGGACAGAUGAUACCGACCACGCCUUGCUACUCAUACUUUCCUACGUUCACAACGACGGCCAAAUCCUCCCAGAAGACUUCGCGCGCCGAUUGCAGAUCUGGGUUCGACACGGACUCUUGGCUCUAGGCAGACUGCCACUUGGGAUUGGACGAACGACUUCGACGGUGGUCUCAUACCCAGACUUUGCAAAGGAUCCUGAGGGCGUUGCACUAAAGACGUGGAUCAAUUCAUCACGCCAUGCUGCCGCGAAUGGAUCGUUGAUGCGGACUCACCCCCUGGGUAUUAUGUGCAUCAGCAAGACCUUGGAUGAGACCUUGGAGAUUGCUGCGAACAUGAGCCGGACUACGCACAUUGACCCUAGGUGCACAGUUGCAUGCUGCGCAACAACAGGCCUUGUACGAGGCCUUCUGAGGGGAGAAGUGGUGAGUGAGGGGGAAGUGGACGCCAUACUCGACCAAGCUUUCUCCUACGUCCAAAGCAACGAGAGUCUUCGAAACCCUGGGUAUGAUGUUGCGGCUAUAACCCCGGCAUCCAGUGAACAAGACAGCACUCUGCUUCGCAAGGAUGAGUACGAGAAGCAUACCAAAGCAACACAUUUUUCUGAUCUCCAACUUGACGACAGUCAAAAGAUGGGCUAUGUUUACAAGUGCCUUGGCUCGGCGGUGCUGGCAUUGAGGCUAGCAAUGAGAGGGAAGAUUUCAAAGACCACACUGACGAAUGGAAACACCAAUCUCUUCGAGGAGAUAGUCACAGAUCUGAUCAUGCAAGGAGGGGAUGCGGACACUAAUGGAUGUGUUGCGGGUGCCCUCUUAGGAGCUUGGUCUGGAUAUUCUAGAUUACCCCAACACUGGUUGCAGGGAGUGCAACAUCAUAACUGGAUGCUGUGGAAGUGUGAAGCGUUGAGCAGACAGAGUGGUGUUGGGGGAGAGCUGCUGGAAGAACUCGACAAAGCGGCAGAUGCUGGUCCUGAUGGAGGGCGGGGACUGUUUAGCGACAAGGAGCUGGAUGCCCGGGAGCGAGGUCUACUUGAGAAGAUCUUGCUCAAGCAGAAAGAUAGACGCGAGGCGAAGGAGAAGGAAGACAGUAAGAGACCAUGGAGGGGGAUUGGAGGGUUGUUGAAGAACAUGAAGCUCACAUAG